AUGUGUUCAGGUAUUGGUUUAUUGGCCAAGUUAAAGAAUAAUAAUGAGAAAGAUGAUGAAAAUCUUGUUGAUAAGGUUCCUAAACCAAUAAACGAAAGUGAAUAUGGAAUAUAUAACAGUGAUGAAGAUGCAGAUAUAGAAGAUGAGGAUGAUGAAGAUGAGGAAAUAUACGUUGAAGAUUUCGAUACUGAUGCUACAGAGGAUGAUGAUAGUUAUUUUAAUGGAACUCCUAUUCGUUAUUUAAACGUUAAUGCAAAUGAUCCAUCACCCUCGAAACCAAAUGAAGUGAGCGAAUCCACUGAAAUAGAACCAUCUGAGAGUGAAAGUUAUGAUGAUGACACGAAGUAUACUCUACAUCCAUUUAAUCCCGACAGACAAGCUGCUGGAAAACCCUUAGAAUUACCCCCAGUUCAUGAACCACAACCAAAAAUAAAACGAACUACUUUACAACAGUCAUUCUUGGAUAAUCUAAAUCCACAUUUAAUAAAGGAAGGAUUUCUACUUAAGUUAAAAGAUGGACAGGAUAUUCCAAAUGUUCAAGAUGAAAUCUUUAAGGCGAGAAAGGAUAAGUUAUGUUUAGAUAUAGCUGAAAAACUUCAAAAUGUAUUUGAAUUAAAUGAUGAUGAUUAUUUUCAUGGUCAUUUCAAUACUUGGCUUAUUAAGGAUGUUUUAUUACAGGGCCAUUUAUAUCUCACUAAACAAUGUAUCUUCUUUUUUGCUUUCCUACCUAAGAAGGUAAUGUAUACCUCAGAUAUUGGUAUUGAUGACUCGCAAAACAUUGUUCAAUCAGGUUCCUUGGGUUUAAAAUCUGCUAAAUAUGUAGAAUCAGUUUUUACAACAAUAAUUACUCAUAAGUUUUGGGCUAUUCUUAGAUCAGAAACAUUAAGUAUUUAUAGUUCAUCAACUGAUUUAUAUUUUCCAAGUUUAGUAAUUGAUUUAAGAACUUGUAUAAGGGCCGAAAUUAUUGAUAAAGAGAAGAUUGAAAAUAUAAAAUCUCCAGGUACUAGAAGUCGAGCUGAUACUAUGGGAUCAGGAUAUAGUACUCCAAAAAUUGGAGCAGGAACUAAUAACUCGGGAGAUACUAUAUUAAGUGAAGAUGAUAUUCAAAGUGUUUUAGCUCGUGAAGGAAUAGAAGAAAAUGUAGAAGGUUUAACUGAAGGAGUAUGGUUUAAAUUGGUUACUGAAAAGAAAUCCUAUAGAUUUUGUUGUGAUAACUUAUAUUCAGCAAGACAGUGGUGUAAUAAUUUGACCAAACAAAUAUUUCAAUUGAACAAUUCUAAUGAAAAUAAUGAAGUAUUGAUUAAAAUUCCUAUUGAAAAUGUAAUGAAUUAUGGAAGAAAUGAAUUAUUUGAACCAGGAGAUGAUGAUAGUGAACAACCUAUAAGUCUUUCAUUAAAUUAUCUUCGUAAUGAUGUGAAAGCUAAGAAAUCAUCAUUAAAGAAGAGAAAGAAUUCAGUUGAAAGUGUUAAUUUAGAAAGCUUAUAUUUCAUGUUUUUCCAUGAAGGUAAUGAAGCAUUUGAAGCCAUUUCUAAAGUAAUAAAUGAUUAUAAGACACAAGAACGUGAUUCAUAUGAUAUUGAUGAUGCAGCUUCAUUAAUAAUACCAUUAUCUGAAGAUAAAUUUGAAAGUACUCCAUUAGAUCGUUCUGAUUCUAGAUUAAAGAAGAUUGGUAGGACUAUAACUAACCCUACAAAAAUAUUUAGUUCUAGAAAAUCAUCUGAUAGUCAUCAAAGUACAAUUUCUAGUAUUGCAACUUCAUUAUUUGAUGAUGUUACAUUUCCAUUUACUGAUUCACAUACAUCCAAUCGGGUUAAUAUGCCACGUCCUUUAUCAUUUAAAGGAUUGAAGAAUCUUCAAAUGAGUUUUGAAACAAGUCACAUUAAUUUUGAUGAUGCUGAAUCAAUGUAUAGAGCUAGAAGUCAAAUUUCUGAUAGUCUGAGUGAUAUUUCAUUUCCUGGACCAUUGAAUUUGACUGAUCCUUCCAAAUACAAGAAGAAAAGUUCUAACAGUAUGCAAAAUAAGAUUUUGAAGAAUUCUAUUGGUAAGAGUAUUAAAGUAAUCUCCAAUGUUGGUAGUAAAUGGACUGCACCUAUAGGUCAUUUUAUAAAGAUAUCUGAAAAUGAUUCUAAUUAUGUUAAGGACUCUAGCAUUAGACAAGAAUCUCAAGAGCAUUUCAUUAAACAUUUUUCAUUAAAUUCAGAAAAGAAGUUAAUUGCUACCUAUUAUUGUCAUUUAAUUCGUACCUUACCUGUAUAUGGUAAGUUAUAUAUUGGUCAAACAGAAAUUUGUUUUAGAAGUUUAUUACCAGGAGUAUCAACUAAGAUGAUUUUACCUUUGACUGAUAUAGAAACUUGUUACAAAGAGAAGAGUGCCAAAUUAACAUAUUAUGGUUUAGUCAUUAUGAUUAAGGGUCGCCAAAAGCUUUUCUUAGAAUUCAGUUCCCAAAAACCUAGAGAUGAUUGUGAAGAAGUUAUGCUUAAACAAUUGGAAGCAUUUCAUGAAGAUGAAGUGUGGUCACCAACACCUAUUCAAUGGGGAAAUAAUUAUGAUCUUGAAUUGAAUAGAGUGAGACUUUCAUCAAAUGAUGGAAUUACUAGUCCAGUUGAACAGAGAGUUAUUGAUGCCAAUAAGAAAAUAGCUUACUCUAAAAUUGAUAAUGCUCGACUUAAAAUGUUUGAAGAUCGAAUCAAUGCUGCUUCUGGUUUGGAUAUACCUCUUAUAUUGGAAGAUUCGCCAUUUAUUAAAAUUGAAAUUAAACCAUCUACUUCAUAUAAGUUUACUUUCUUGACUAUUGGUUCAAGAGGUGAUGUACAACCUUACAUUGCAUUAGGAAAGGGUCUCAUAAAUGAGGGACAUGUAGUGACUAUUGCAACACAUAAGGAAUUUGAACCUUGGAUUAGAAAGCAUGGUAUGGAUUUUAAAGAAAUUGCCGGUGAUCCUGGAGAAUUGAUGUCUUUAAUGGUCACUCAUGGUUCUAUGUCUGUGUCAUUCUUGAGAGAAGCCAGUGCUAAGUUUAGAAGUUGGAUCACUGAAUUAUUAUCUUCUAGUUGGGAAGCAUGUCAAGGGGCAGAUAUAUUAAUUGAGAGUCCAUCAGCUAUGGGUGGAGUUCAUAUUGCUGAAGCUUUAGGAAUUCCAUAUAUGAGAGCCUUUACUAUGCCAUGGACUAGAACAAGAGCUUAUCCUCAUGCUUUUAUUGUUCCUGAUCAAAAGAAAGGAGGAUCUUAUAAUUACUUAACCCAUGUCAUGUUUGAAACUGUAUUCUGGAAAGGAAUCUCUUCUCAGAUUAAUAAGUGGAGAGUAAAAGAGUUGGAUUUACCCAGAACUAAUCUUAUGCGUAUGCAACAGACAAAAAUUCCAUUUUUGUAUAAUGUAUCUCCUAGCAUUUUCCCUCCCAGUGUUGAUUUCUCUGAUUGGGUCAAAGUAACUGGUUAUUGGUUUUUAGAUGAAGGAGCUGCAGAACAGUAUGACCCACCUGAAGCAUUAUUAAAUUUUAUGGCUGAUGCCAAUGAAUCUGGUAAAAAGAUUGUGUAUAUUGGGUUUGGAUCAAUUGUAGUAAAAGAUGCAAAGAGUUUAACUAAAGCUGUUGUGGAAGCGGUCUUGAAUGCGGAUGUUCGAUGUAUUUUAAAUAAAGGUUGGUCUGAUAGGUUAUCUACGAAUAAAGAUGAGCCAGAAAUUGAAUUACCUCCUGAAGUUUAUAAUUCCGGAGCCAUACCACAUGAUUGGUUGUUUCCUAGAAUUGAUGCGGCUGUUCAUCAUGGUGGAUCAGGAACUACUGGGGCCACUUUAAGGUGGGGAGUACCUACAAUUAUUAAACCAUUCUUUGGUGAUCAAUUUUUCUAUGCUUCUAGAGUUGAAGAAUUGGGUGUAGGAAUAUCCUUGAAGAAAUUAAACUCUCGAUCAUUAGCAAAGGCUCUAGAUAAUGCUGUAUCUGAUUUAAAUAUGAUUGAGAAAUGUAAGAGGUUGAGUGAAAAAAUUCAAACGGAAAAUGGAGUCUUGAGUGCUAUUGAAGUUAUAUAUUCAGAAAUGGAAUACGCCAGAAGUUUAAUUACAGCUAAACAACAAUAUAAUGAGAUGUACAAAUUACAUCAUCCUGAUUUCAGAUCGUCCGGUUUACAGACUCCAAUGGCAACUGACUAUGACGAUGAAGAAUAUGAAGAUGAGGCAGACGAUGAUGAAGAUGAUGAAGAUGAAGAAGAUGAAGAAGAUGAUGAAGAUGAUGAGAUUGAUGAUGUUACCUCAGAAGAGGCAGAUUUUACAAUUGCUGAUAAUACCAUUGAUGAGGUUGAUAACCGUAUACCUACUCCGAGUCUCGGAGCAUAA